AUGGGCUUCCCUGCUGACCGUUUCAACCUGGAAAAACAGGUGACAUUUUACUUGUCGUACCACGAUAACAAGAUCAAUCAGUAUAUCCACCUGGCCUGCAUCUGGCCCAUCUUUGUGUCGGGACUCGUACUCCUGGCGCACACGCAGCCAUUGAUCGAGACACCGUCCUUCUUGGCCGCUCUCCCGUAUGGCCAAUUCAUGCUCCUCAACUACUCGGCCAUCGUGACUGCCGUCUAUAUGGUCUGGUACAUUGCACUUGAUAUCCGCGCGGGCACGUUGGCGGCCGGGAUCGUGUAUCUCAGCUACGUCUUUGCCAACUACUUUGUCAUGGAAGGCUCGGAGGCUCUAGGCGUGAAUAGCGUACGUGUGUGCAUCGGCAUCCAAGCCACCGCAUGGAUCUUGCAGUUCAUUGGCCACGGAGUCUUUGAACGCCGCAAACCUGCGCUCUUGGAUAGCCCGGGCCAGGCCUUCAUCACUGCCCCCAUGUUCGUGCUACUCGAGAUCUUGUUCCCGCUUGGCUAUCGCCCGGACCUCUACCAGCGCGUGCUGAAGCAAGCACAGCUCAACGUCGCGAACUUCAAGGCUAGCAAGACGCUGUAA